GAACGUUGAACCUUGGUUGAACCCAACUUGAACCAUCUCUGACGACUACAGUAGUAUACUCAACUAAAGAGCUUGGCUCGUGACUCUUGAUCUAUGCUCAAUCUGUCGAAUUGAAAUCUCGACACAAGACUGACAGACACAACCCUAUCUCCGGUUUGGACCUUGAAGUUGGUAUGGUGACACAACAAACUAAAACCCUUCUUGAGACAUUAGAACUUGACGUGCCGCAUGUCUGUAUUCGAGAGGAAGUCCUUGACGGCCAUUACACGUACUGAAAGAAACGACUGUGAAUGUGAUCCAGUGAGUGGCUCAACUCUGGCCCUGAUGGCUUUUGAACACCACGAAUCGUGCACUGGGUUUUCUGCAUCUUUCCAGUGUGAUCAUUGAUCCUGUAUACGAUAGCACCCACGUAUGUGGCGGUUUCGGACUUUGUAGGCGUGGUGUCUUGGGCAUCUUCCAUUGGCCCCAGUUUAGCAAAUCAAAAGGUCAAACAACCAACACGAGGCAAACUUUGGCGAAGGGAAGCAAAUUUUAUGCCCCUUUUGUCUUUGUGGUUGCGCAUGGGCCGAUCGGGUCAAAGACCUAUGGACCACACUCCCGAAAUGUAUAUAUAAAGUUAUUCCUUCGUUUACUCUACUCCACCCCAAACUCAGUCCCUCCGCUGUAUCAUCGCACUUCUCAACAUUUCUGCAGCUCCUUUUGUUUAUCUACCCCAAUAAUGGCCCGAACCUAUCGUAACAUGAACCCUCCGGCUACACCCAAUGCAAGUGGAUAUGCUACACAGCCUGGCUCAACUGCAGGACUCUCAGCAUCCAGCUCUUCAAGCUCCGUUGAUGAGCGUCAGGCUAGGUGGGAAAGACAGAGACAGUCGGGAUUGCGGGCCUACCCCAGUUUCGGUGUGAUGACCGUCCCAGGCCAUAGUCCACCUGCUGCGCCCCAGGUCCCCGAAACUGUUGAAGAGAACGACGACGACGAAGGUAACAGUUGUUUUGAAACGCCAGGUUUUACUACAACACCGGACUGGGCCGCUCAGUCUCAGGACAGUCAAAUAUCCAUUCAAGAGGUUGAGGCCAUGUUGUUCAACGACAAUGAUGCUAGAAGCUUCCACUCGUCAGGCUACGCGUCUGAAGAUGAAGAAACCGUGCUCGACACUAAGGAAACUAGGGAAACUGUCGAUGAGUUCAGUCAGUCCACUCAGUCGAGUUUCGUGUCAGCAAGUGAGUCUCAGUACCAUGCGGACAUAUCUGAAUGUGAAGACGCCAUGGACGAUGCGAAGGAGACAUUCGAAGACUCGAGCCAGUACAGCCAUUCUAGCGAGAUCAUCCCGUCUUCACAAGCCGAAGAAGAGGACAUGAUCCCUGAUGCAGACGACUUUGGUGAAUCAAGUCAGGCCAACCAGUCCACUGAGUCCACUCAGACCAGUCGAGUGCCUCGCUCUGGCCCAACCAACAUGUCGGAGCAUAUAGAAAACACGGUCCAUGUUACGACAGCUCGUGAAGAGGCGAGUCAGGCGAGCCACUUCAGCUACCACAGUCAAUCCAGCCAGUCGAGCUUUUCGGGCCCUACGACAGCGUCUGGAGUGCUAGUCGAUGAGUUCGAUGCUACUUCUCGGGGUAUGACACCACUACCUGUGCUCUCCGAGUCGCAAGAGUCUGGUUCCUCUCUAGGCGCUUACACUUGUGGAUACCAAGGAUAUUACUCUCGGGAAACCACGCCGCAACUCCUCCGAACUGAGUCUCAAGAAUCGCGCGAUUUCAAUCUCUUGAUGUUUUCGCCGGUGCUUUCUGGUCGCGACACUCUACCAGACGACGGUUAUCCAUACCCGUCGGAACCAGAAGGUGGCUGGGACGUUAUCACUCCGCGUGCUAGUCCCCGCACAAUGUCGCGAGAAUUAUCUCGAACGCCUGACUUAGGUCCCACUCCAGUAAAUACUAGACCCUCAACUCCCGAGUCCCAGGUUCUUCAAUGGCCAAUACCCUCCACUCCCACCCAAAAUAUGCCUGAGCUUUCACCUUCUCGAGGCUCACCUGUCUCGAGGGAGUCGACACCACUUCUCACCCCACAGGCUAUGCGGACUACUAUGUCAAACAAUGGGUCAGGAUCAGGCAAAAAUACUUAUCUAGAAACCCACGGAACUUUGGGGGCUUCGUCUUAUCUGUGACGCCUGUCUCUCUGGUUGGUAUUUAACCAACGAUCUGAAAGUCUCGAUUGUCGUCGCUGUCGCUCCUUUGCUCUCCUAAUCUCGUCUGUCUCGCUCUCGGGUUACAGCUCUCGCAUAGAAUUCCGUCAUCCCUUGGCUUCUAUCUUUCUCACAAUAUACUGAACUCACAAUGUACUGAAUAAGGUUAUUAAUCUAUGCUGUUAUUCUACUCUAC